GCAGGCCAAUGAUUCACAGACUGCUGAGAGGAUGAUGGUUUUGUGGAUAUCUGUCAUGCUUCUAAAUGAAAUGUACCCAACACAUUCUAAGGAUUUUUAUCAACCAGAUCCAGUGAUAAUGGUCUCUGCUGGGGACGAUGUCACUCUGCGCUGUUAUUUUCUGAUAGAUCACACGGAUCCAAUUACUUGGUACAAGCAAACCUCUGGACACCAACCACAAGCUAUUGUGAUGGUGCAGAAAUUUGCCAAAACUCCUAAUUUCUUCAACAACUUUAAAUCCUCACAUUUUAGCAUUGAGACAGACACAGAAAAAUGUCAUUUAAGUAUUUCAAAUGUCACUUCAUCGGAUGAAGCAAUGUAUUACUGUGGCUGGAGAAAGUAUGAAACUCACUUUACUAGAGGCACAUACUUGGCUUUGAAAGGGUCAAAAAACAACCAAUAUAAAUCCAAGGUGUCUGUUCUUCAGCUUCCCGAAUCAGAGCCUGUGCAAUCUGGGGACACAGUGACCCUGCAGUGCUCUGUACUGUAUGAACACAGCACCACAGAUAUCAGGAUGUUCUGGUUCAGAUCCAAUUCAGGAAAAUCUGUUCCAGAACUCCUCUACACUCAUAAUCAGUCUAAUCAUUGUGAGACUGAUUCUGCACAGAGCUGCACUUUCAAACUGUUUAAAAACAUUAGCAGCCAAAUGGACACGGGCACUUAUUACUGCGCCGUGGUCACCUGUGGAAAAAUUCUCUUUGGGAAUGGGAUAAAAAUAAAUAUGGUAAAUCCAGUGGAUCCUCUGGUGAUUAUUUUGGGUGUGUUAUUGGGUGUUUGUAUGAUUGUGAUCACUGCUCAAGCUGUUUUAAGUCAUAAAAAGGAAAGAUACUACAAUAACAAAGAAAAAAGUCUACAAGACAUUGAAAAAGAACAUCCUUCCAGUCAGGACCAUGAUGCAAUGGAGUUGAGUUAUGCUGCUUUGCAUUUUAAGGAGAGAAAAAACAGAAGAGUGCAAAGGAAGGGGGAAACGCCUGAAGACAGAGUGUACAGCCUGAUCAAUAACCCCCAUGAGACUGGCUAUAGUGUAGCUGGGUACAGAAGUGUAUAGAACUAGAGAGCAAAUUUAUGGUGAAUUAUUUACUAACUAGCUAGAUGUGUGUUUUUGUUAUUACAUUAUUGCAUGAAUUCUUGUAAUAAAAUUGUGUACAUAAAACAUAUUUGAAUUUACACAGUUGUGAUUAAAUUUUUUAUUAACCACCAACCUCUAGCCCAGACAAAAUUAAUUUUGCAGUCCCCAUUAAAUGGAACAUAAAAAGUUGCCAAUGCUCAUUUAUUCAAAUUGUAAAUUCUACUGAAAAAAAAACUAUGCUGAAUUAUCAAAUAUACAGUACUUACAGUAAUUGUACAGUAAUUGUUACAAAUAUGUUAUAUUAAAGGAAUAUAGCCAAUUUUUCCUCUUUUUGACCAAGAUGUUUCAGUCUCAAAUGAUUCUCAUUUUAUUGGGCAUCAUUGUCCCCUCAAGCUUCUUGAUCUUGAUUGGCAUCAAAAACUGGAUGCGU